AUGGAAGAUGAUAGGAAUAAAAAUGGACCACAUGUGGGCAAUACAGGUAGCCCUGAAAGCUCAUGUUCAAAGAGUAGCAACAACAAAAAUCAUAACCACAACAACAACAUCAACAUCAACAACAACAAUAAAGAACAAGACCGGUUCCUUCCAAUAGCCAACGUGGGACGGAUCAUGAAAAAGGUGAUUCCAGGCAAUGGGAAAAUCUCUAAAGACGCAAAAGAGACAGUUCAAGAAUGUGUGUCAGAGUUCAUUAGCUUUGUUACGGGGGAAGCAUCCGAUAAAUGCCAACGUGAGAAGAGGAAGACCAUUAAUGGAGAAGAUAUCAUAUGGGCUAUCACAACCCUAGGGUUUGAGGAUUAUGUCAACCCACUUAAACAAUAUCUCGCAAAAUAUAGAGAGUUAGAAGGAGAGAAACUUCAUCUUCCUAAGCAACAGCAGCAACAACAACAACGAUCUGAACAAGGAUUACAACAUCAUGAGCAUGAACAAAAUAUGCCUUACACUAGUGUAUAUUCUUCGACUAGUCUCAUCUCUCAACCAUCUUUUGUGGCAACAGAUCAACCAUUUUUGCAGCCUUACCAUCCAACUUCAAUUCAAAAACAAUUACAUCAACAAGAACAUAUUGAUUCUGUCGGGCGUUGGUAA